UAUAAUUAUGCAUGUAUUGCCUCUCCAUAUAUUAGAGAUGCAAUGCGCUGAGACAGUCCGCUUCUAAUAAAUGCUACAUUCAGUAACAGUUCGCAUUGAAAAUCGAUCCAGUCACCAUUUUCAUCAGACACGUGGUUCUGUUGAUUGCCAUGGCGACAGAUGCAGCGGGACACCCUUCGACCUGAUAGGUGUAUAAAGCAGCAUAUAAACACAAUACAACUUCACGGAAGCUGGGAAUGAAGACGUGGACCCUCCAUCAAUGGACAGCCUUCACGGGAUGAGGAACUGACCUGCAUCAGCCAUUUGUGCUACCGAGCUUGAUAUCAAAUGAAGUGGCAUAUCAGGAUCUUUAUUCUUACAUUGUGCCUAUUAUCGACGCUCGUGGUAUGGAAGUCCACUACUAUGUCCAAUAAGAAGGCUGGAAGGAUGACCCCAACAGUCAGACCAAUAUGUCCUGGACCAGAGAGACCCGGGGAGAAGACUAAACCGGGAUUUGAUAUUCUCAGUUUUCCGCGACCUGAGUACAUCGGCAACUUCCGCAACCCGUGUUGGUAUGGGCACAGGUACUCGGACGACAUCUAUUCAUCAAUCCGCUGUAUCCCAGUGUUCUAUAUCGUUGGACAACCAAAGUGCGGAACCACUGACCUCUUCUGCAAACUGUCCACCCAUCCCGACAUCGCCGAUAAAACUGCCUACUCGGCAAUUCACUGGUUGUCAAGGGGGCGGUAUAAGCAGAGGCUUCUAGACGCUCCGCCUAAAUAUAGACCUCGUUUAACGUUUGAUCAUUACGCUUUGAGAUUCCGCAACAGCACCAUUCAAGUGGAGCGGACGGUGAACCUUACCUCCAAGAUAAUAGAUUACCAUCCUAUGAUUAUAGGUGAUCACUCACCAUCUACCUUUUCGGACAACGGACACUGGCAGGAAUAUGUUGGUAAUGAGAACUGCCAGGAACCAAGGAUCCUGAAUGCCCAUUACCUAAGAUAUAUGAUUCCAGAUGCCAAAAUAAUAUUGACGCUAAGGGACCCAGCGUCCAGACUAUAUUCCAGUUACUGUUAUUUUCUUGGCGAUGGAACACCGGAGGCGUUUCAUGAACAUGUUGUCAACGAAACCAAGAUGUACACUGACUGUUUUAAGAAGCACGGGGUACGGCAAUGUGCUUACGAUAAUACUUUGUCGGAAAUGAGUUCUAUGAGAGUCGGAAUGGGGUUGUAUUCCGUGUACCUUGAAGACUGGUUCCAGACGUUUCCACGGAAACAGAUCUUUGUCUCAUUUCUGGAAAACUUCUCGAAGGAACCAGAAGCGACGCUUGAAAAAAUGUUUUCAUUUUUGGAAGUCUCACCGUUGAGCCGAUCGGAAAUUAAGAAGAUAGCAAACGCAAGCAUCAUUAACAAGGGCAAAGUUCGAACAAAGUCACAACCAAUGUUAGCAAAGACGAAGGCCCUACUGGACACGUUUUAUGAACCUUUUAAUACAAAGCUGAAAGCUAUGUUGAAAGAAGAACCUAAUCCAUUUUAACGAACACUCGGUUUCCGGACUGACCAGUGUUCAUACAAAUAGUCUUUAUAGUAAUUGGAAAGAAAGGAAGACGUCCGUGAUCCAGGGUGUCUGGAUUAAUGAGGUUACAGGUCUGUAUGUCGUCCACAAUUAGCAUGAUCACAAUGUAAAACUAAACCGACAAUCAAUGUACAAUUCAUCAAUCAAACUGUGUAUUUUGUAAA